CGCAGGCAACUAGAGUUCUUUGUUCUAAAACGAAUAUGCGUUAAGAUUAAGACGUAAUACAAGUUAUACGCAGAACAAAGUAAAUUUUACAGCUUGCGAAAACGUUUUUAAAUGUGGCUUACACGUUGCUUGCGUGUUUGCUGACCAUAAGUGAGUGUUUAAUACAUUUUAGAGCUGACUAAAACUUCAAUAUUUUGUUGACCGUUUAAAUCAUAGCCGUAAAUAUGUAGUUCACGGUCGCCUUCUUUACCAUUAUGUAACAAAUUAUUGACGCACGUGCAAAUUCAACUAUAAAUUCGGAACUUACGAGACUGUGGAUCAUUCAUUGGAUUAACCUACACGUACAGACUGAGAAUGUCCCAUUUAUUGCAAGACUUACCUCCGGGAUCGCUCGACUAUUACAGGAAGCAAGCCUCCUUCGACUGGAAGAGAAUGAAAGUUUUUAUAGACACGGAAGAUGGCAUCAAAUUUCAGAACAAUCUCUAUAAAAAGCUCCAGAUGCACCCAGAAUUCCUGGGAAACCCACUUUUGCAAACUCUGGACGAAAAAAGGAAUAAAGCUACCCAGCAAGCCCUCGCAUAUGCCAGCAUCGUUAAAUCUUUAACCAAUAGUGAGAUAACCACCAUAAAAAGAGAAGACAUCAUUUUGCGAACCAUACUCCAAUUCAACCCUUCGGCAGCCUUCAAAUACCCAGGAAUCAAACGUUUAUUCACCAGUGCUUUACAGAACCAAGGAACCCAAAGACACCACAAAUUCAUACAGCUAGCAGAAUCGGGAAAGAUUUACGGAUGUUUCUGUAUGACGGAAAUCGGCCACGGAAGUGACACCAAAAAUCUGAGAACAACUGUUGUCUACGAUAAAGAAAAAGGCGAGUUCGUAGUAAACACGCCGGAUUUUCCAGCAGCGAAAUGUUGGGCUGGUGGGUUGGCAGAACUAGCAACCCAUGCCAUAGUGUAUGCUCAGUUGUACAUAAACAGGAUCCACUGGGGUUUGCAUGGAUUUGUUGUGCCCAUCAGAAAUCCCGAGACACUCUUGCCGUACGAAGGGGUAAUUCUAGGCGACAUGGGCGAAAAAAUAGGAGUCAAUGGAGCUGAUAAUGGGUUUCUCAUUUUUGACAAAUACCGCUUCCCUCGCGAAAACAUCUUGAACAGAUUUGCUGACGUCACACCUGAAGGAAACUACGUAACGUCUGCUACUGACCUGAAAAAUGUACGUGGAGCCGUUUUGGGUGCUUUGUCCAUUGCGAGGGUUACUGUUACUGCGAAAUCUGAAUUUUAUGGAACGAAAGCACUUACUAUAGCUGUGAGAUACGCGGCUGUUAGAAAACAGUUCGGCCCGAAAGAUGAAGAAGUCUCGAUUCUAGAAUACCAAUCUAUGCAAUAUCGACUUCUGCCGUAUUUGGCUGCCGCCUACAUCAUCAGAUUUUUUAGUAUGUACUUAGACGAAGUAACACAAGAAUUUGUCAAAGAGUCGAAGGAACGGAACGACCCAGCGUUGGCCAGACGAGGUAUGGAAAUUCACGUAAUAUCUGCGGGUGCAAAGCCUGUGUCCGGAUGGACGUUCAGAGAUGCCAUACAAGAAUGUAGAGAAGCUUGCGGUGGAUAUGGUUAUCUUAAAGCUUCUAGAAUUGGCGACAUCAAGAACGACCAAGAUAGCAUUAACACGUACGAAGGCGAAAACCACGUGCUAAUCCAACAAGUAAGCAACUGGUUACUGAAGGUCUGCUCAAACGUCCAGAAUGGUAAUAAAAUUUCAACCCAUUUAAAGUCAGCAGAUUUCUUAUCAAACGCUUCAAAAAUUCUCAAAAAUAAGUUCAAUGCAACCAGUGUGGUCGAAGUUUGCAAAGUUGAAAAUAUAAUAGAUACCUACCAGUGGCUAGUGUGUUAUCUCUUGCGAGAAACUAAAAGAAAAUUUGACGCUUUGAAACAAAGUGAAGGGUCAUUUUGGGCUAGAAGCAACACUCAGAUUUUCUACUGCAAGAAUUUGAGCACAGCGUUCGUUCAGCAUUUGUUCCUUCAACGAAUGAUAACAGUUAUAAACAGAUCGCCAGACGCUAACAUCAGAAAUGUUUUGUUGAAACUUUUCUCUCUGUAUGGUCUUUACAAUAUUGAAAAAUUUUUACCGUCAUUAUUUGGGGGUGGUUACGUUGAAAAACCUGAAGCUACAAAUUUAGUACACGAAGCAGUAUUAACUUUGUGCAGAGAUCUUAAAAAUGAUGCUGUUGCCUUAAUAGAUGCUAUAGCGCCUCCGGAUUUUCUUUUGAAUUCCAUUUUGGGGAAGUCUGACGGACGAGUCUAUCAGAGGUUGCAGAUUGCACUUAUCCGGUCUUCUUCUGAAGCGAGUAGACUCAAGUGGUCUUCCGAGACAGUAGGCAAGAUCGUUAAUCCUCGUAAUAAGUUGUAACUAGUUUCAAGGAUGUUGCUAUAGGCAUAAGAUCGAGCAAUAGCGACUAAGUUCCAUAAGAAUCACGAUUAUGCAAUUUUGAAAGAACAAGGAUCAAGUAAAAUUUAAAUAGAAAGAUUAUAUGGCA